GUCGGGAUGCAGCGUGAUCAUUUUAUAGUUAAAUCCCACAGCAAGUGCCUAAGCACCAGGGGGCAGGCAAACAAAUAUAUUUGUCGCAGUCUCUGACGCUGCUAGUCACGCAGCAGCUGAUAUGGAACACUAUUGCCGCGGUGGGGUGACCGAGGAACCGCUGGAGCUGUCCCAGCUGCCGUUCAAGACGCUGCCCGACGACCUGAUCUGGAUGAAGGUGAAGCCAACCAGCCGCGUCGGCAACAUGGUGGGCUAUGUCAAGACGCAGCUGAAGAGCCAUGACCACGUGCUGUGGAGCGGCAGUGGUCAGGCCGUCUGCAAGACCAUGAUGAGCGCCGAGCUGCUGAAAAAGUGCGUCAAGGAUCUGCACCAAGAGACGCAUUGCUGCUACAGGAGAACCGUGGAACUGUGGAAACCGAAGGAGAACGAAGCUCUGGAUACAUUGAAAGUGAACAAAGACGUGCCAUCCAUACACAUUUUGCUGUCAAAAUCAGCUGUCAAUCCAGACAGCCCCAGUUACCAGCCGCCGCUGCAGACGGUGCCCUUCUGGUCCGUGCCGAGCGAGCAGACCACCACGCAGACGCGGAAGCCGACGCUGGCCUCGCAGACGGCCGGCCCGGCCGGCGGGGACGCCAGCCUCAAGAAGCCGCGCAGGCGCGGCCCCCGGUGACCACGAGGGCCGGGCUCCCCACGCCCGAUGACGCCGGGCUCUGGGAUGAUGUUGGGUUCUGUCGGCAGCAGUGUAUGUCGCGCCGUUGGGACGCACAGUGCACGCUGGUGCGCUUCUCGCUUUCAUGACUGGCGCUAUGGGUAAUGUCACACGCGAUAACCCGAUGCAGAUGAAGGCGAGACCGACCGGCCGUGGGAGUAGCUUGAUCUAGCUGACUGGGUCAACCACAGGCUGAUCGGUCGCCUGAAGAGGGCGUUUUGCUGGCGCUGUAGGCGCACUCGCCAGUCUGGUACGUAGAAGUGAUGUAUGCGAAGUUCAAGAUCAUGCGACUGGACGAUGCAGUAGCCGCCUGCCCUCACGCGGCUGACCUGCGUUUUGCCUAUUUGGAACACGCCCCAGUCGGUCACCGAGCCAUUCCCGAUGCACAAGCGGGUGAUACCGGUCACCGGCCGGGGCCGGACCUGACCUGGCGUCAGAGCGUGUCCCAGAGCCUGCCACACUGAGCCAGUGUCUUCUCGGAUGAUCCCCGGCGUGAGGCGGGCUUGGGUGAGCUGGCUUGGUGUCGGAGGUCACCCGAAGCUGGUGUCUUUCCGGACGAUCCCCCGACGAGAGUUGGGCAUGGUGGUCCGCGCGCUAGUGAUAUGCACCGAAGACCGCAUUAAGGGACGUAUUCACCGCUGGUCCACG